UAAUUGUUCGAUUAUCGAAAUGUCAUCGAUUAUUUCUGACUAUGAUAUUAGACUCUAGUCAGACUAGUACAUUUUGUUUCAAGUGUCAACAUUAUUAAUGUCAAAUAGUUGUGUGACUAAUAUUUAUAAAUAUCAAACGUCUAAAAUAUAGAAAUAUGUCUACGAAUAAGGAUAUCAGCACAUUGAAGGAUGAAGAUGAAAAGAACAAGGCGAAAGUUUAUUGCACAUUUUGCCCGUCUAAAAUGCUUAAUGCUGGUGCAGCUCGGCUAGUUAAUAUUGAGUUUAAUCUACCCUAUAUACAUCGUAAGGGAGAAGGUGAAGCUGAUCAACAGGAACUGAUAACAAACUAUUGGUUGGUGGAGGAUAUGUAUACAUUUGAAAAUAUUGGUGUUUCGCAUACAGUAGACAACGUAAAGUAUUUAGCAUGUGCAGAUUGUGAAAGGGGUCCAGUGGGUUGGCACGAUUUAUCUACAAAGAAAUCAUACAUUGCGCUAAGUAGAGUUAAGCACGAAUGAUUUAUAUUGAAUAAAGUUAUUUUUUAAUUUUAUAUAAAAGGUGUGGCCAGAUCUUUUAUCCCAAAACUAUACGUUACACCAUGAAAUAGAAAGAAGGAGGAUCUUAAAAGUUUGGAGGAAGUCAGUUUUUAAAAAGAACCACGUUACUAUUUAAGUUGAUAAUUUAAUACUUAAUCACGUACGUUACAAACACAGCCGAUAAAUCAGAUAAUCAAUCGUCGUUACGAUAUAAUAAUUAAUAAAUUACGCUUACGAUUAGAAACGAUUUAUUAAUGCACUUAUUAAGUGUGCAUUCGCGAUUUUAUCAUAAUAACGAAUUGAUGUUUUAUAUCAUUGCAACCGUUUGGUCGCAAUAAUGAUUAUUCAUUGUGCAUAUUGGCAUAAUUAUUUUAUGUAAUGCGUUGGUAAUGCGUGAGUAAAGUCUACGUGUACGCAUUUGUUAUGUGUAUUUGUAUAUGCAUGUAAAUCAUUAUUUCCCUUAAAAAAUAAUCACGAUAACUUGAAUUUUGCACUUUUGAUGUAUUUAAGAAAAUGUAAAUAGGAAACGAAUUUUCAUUCAUUAUUCAUUGUACAUUGUAAUCUUUUUACGACAAAGAAGAGACGCUUAUAUAUAUGAACUGUUUCUAUAAUUAAUCAAUUUUUUUUUUUCUUGAUUUUUUCUCAUAAUUAUCGCAAAGAAAAAAGAUGUUGCGUGUUUGUAAAGCCUUUUGAAAAGAUUCGCUUAUAAUUAAUUCAUUUAUGUAUUUAUUUAUUUCUCCUCCCUCUAGUCGCGUUAUAUUUGAGUGAAAUGCUGCAAAAAUAGUCGUGCAUACGUUUCGCCUUGUAAACAACAAAGCUUUCUUUUAUUUCUUUCUUGUCUAUUUCUUGCUUCAUUCUGUCUUUAUUAUCGCGCGCGAGUUUCAUUCAAGUUGAACGUGCAUAAUAUGUAAUCGUGAACUAGUAAUCGAUUUACGGUAAUUAUUAAUAACGAUCGCAACGGUGAACAUUAAUUAUCAUAUAUAAUCACGCGAUGUGGCAACGAUGAUAAAAUUCCUCGGUACGAUGAAUAAAAUAGUGACGAAUAACGAUAAAACCUAACGAUAUAAGGACAUUCAUAGAAUAGUUGAGCUUGUAAUAAAUGAUAAAAUAUCGAUAAACAGUAACGGCGAAAAGUAUUGGAUUCAACGAUGCGGUUAUUAAUCCUACGCUAAGAGAACUUUUUUUUUCGAAAAUUGCAUAUACAUAAUACUCGAAUGUAUCGAUCUGUAAUAUAGUAACACUGAUAAGGCUCAUCUAAUACGGUUUCCUCGUCUUUCAGAACUUGAUCACCGUUUCUCCUACUGCUUCACAUCUUUUCGUACACGUGAGACGUGCACAUUUUUUUUAAACAUAGUACAAUACAUAUUCUAAUAUGCAAAAUCAAUCGAUAAGCGAUCACCGAUAUCGUGUAUCGAAAUAUCUAUAUCUUACUUUCGCGUUACAUAAAAUCCGUGAUCUUUGUCCAUGCCUUCGAUAGAUGCAGUGGAAAAGGUACAAAAAUAAGAAUAGAAUCGGAUAGACUAGAAAAUCGAACAAAUAUACACGUGGACAUUUAUGCUAUCAUAAAAGUCCGAUAGUAAUCGCUGUUCUUCACUCUUUGUCUUUGUUUGUUUUAACCCUUUUGAGACUGCGUGUAAUUCCCUUUUUAAAACUAAAGGCAAUAAUAUAACAGUACAGAUUACAAUUACAGUCAAGUUUGAAAAAACAUAAUAUAAUAAUAAUUUUCAAAAUGAGAUGCGUAGUUGCGUUCAUGAUGUUCCAAUAAGUUUCAAUGGCAUCAGAAAAGUUAGAGCAACUCAACAAUCUUCCUAAAAGUUAUUUGUAAUUUGUAAACUAGAAUAACUUUCGGUCAACUGACUACCAUUAGCCAACCGUUCGUCUCGUAAGGGUUAAAAAAAUUGCUCGUCAUUCUCAUUUAUUCACCAUUCUACUGUACGAUCUUCCAGUUCGUCGUUGCCUAAAAAAUCAGUUCAACUAACUGUAACUUUCUACCUUGACUAAUAUUUAAUUUCUCAUGGAUCAAUGUGUUUCGAUUUGGCUAGUCACAAAGCGCUUGCAUUAUCGUUUACGUUUACGAGAACGCAGAUCAAAAUGAAUCUAUUAGACAGACUUUCGACGAUAUAGUAAUGGCUAUACAUUAAAAAUCGGGUAGAACGCGUCGGUGAAAGCUGCCUAAACUGCGUCGAUUGGUGUUUAGAGAAUUAAUCUCGUGAAAUUUGUCGACCACGACGACGAAGCUCAAAAUGUAUUCGACGAUGAUUCAUCCUUCGUCUCGUGCUUUCACCUGUAUAACAAGAUUUUCAACACUGUUUGAACCUGCAUUAUCGACUGACAGUAAUUAUACGUACGAACGAGCUUUCAGUUGAUUUCAUUGUCGAACAGAAUACACAAAUAAAUUAUAAACACAUUUUGACAAAAUAAAUAAACUUUCCGCAGAAAAUAGACUCGUCUAAUCACUCAAAUUUUUGCAAGUUGCAACUUAACGUUGUAAAUUUGUGAAAAAGAAUUCUAUUAUCUACAAUUUUUGCAACUUAUCGAAUUACUAACGUUACUAGUCGGUAAAUUAUUUUGCCAGGACGUGCAGGUGUCUUUAAUACUUGUCAACGAGGGUGAAGAUAUAGUUCGACGAAAAUAGAAUCGCCGAACGAAUCGAUGCGUAACGAAGGAUGAAUCCGAUGCUAUGCGGUCUCGUAGGAGGCAUUGCACAAGUGCAGCUAAUUAUAUACGACGCUAAUGAUUUAGGAUUACGUGUUUUGGUCCGUGGAGUAUUAUAAACAUUAACGACAUUAAUUAAUUAAUUAAUUUAUCAACGCAUCCUAUCAUCUAAACGACUGCUUGUUCACUCACGGCAGAUGACAACGCGUAUGAAACAGCGAUAGGUAGUCAACGAUCAUCCUUUUUUCAUCGACUCGUCGUCAACCUCGGCAAAAUUUUCCAACAUGCAUCUUUGUCUCUUUAUUUUAUAUUCCUCGUCUUUUGUUUGUAUCUUUCGGAUAAGAAAAGGAGAAAAAAAAAAAAAAAAAGAA